AUGAAGAAUUCCUCCUGUUCGUCAGACUCAUCCAUAAAAUUUCUCCCUUGCCGCACAGAGGAACCCUCUAAGACAAUCGCGCAAUCACCAGCGUCUACAGGCUCACAGCCACAGCAGCAGGACUUGUCAUCUGGGCCACAGUUUGAAGAACCUGUCUUCAGCCAAGGGCCAAAAAUAGUUGAGCUCAAAGAACAACAACCGGACAGGAACGGAGAUCCCACAAAACUGGCCCUUGUCCAAGUACCGCUUAGAGACGACAAGUCACUUCCACUACAAGGAAAGAGUGAUGACGCAGUGGAAUUGAGGGAAUGGUCUAUUCGAUUUGUUCUACCCUGCCGCAGUAAUCCAUCACUUGGUUUCCCUAACUUUAUUCUUUUAGGGACCAGAGAAGAUCACCCCCGUCGGUGGCAAUCAUCCAUUGUAAUUCGUGUUGAGAGUGCGCAAAUCUUGUAUACAAGUUCUUCUACAAAGUAUCGGCUCGUAGGGGAAAUUGACAUUAUGGAUUGUGCAUCCGCAGGCUUCCCUAAGGACUUUGUCUCAAUGUUUUUGAUGGGAUUUCCUCCUAACUGGAAAACACAGAUAACAAGGCUGUAUAAUAGCGCUCUCGGACACUUGGAGGUUAACGAAAACAUUAAAGAAAACCGCAACGACUACCGGGAUGAGAAAAUGAAACAUCAUCUGUUUAAAGACAAUGACGAUGAAAUAACUGAUUCCACUGAGCCAGGACCGAACAGCUACAAGCAGAACGCUUCUGUCAACAAUUCGAUUAGGCGUAAAAACAGCAGCAGUGCCGAUGAAGUCUUCGUUUCUAAUCCAGAACAACCGUCUACUUCAGUUGUUCGUCGGUCCCGAAGUGGUCGCACCGUUCGAUCGCCACUCGCCUCAUGGGCUGGACAGCGUGUACGCUAUGAUGGUGCUGGCAACGUUAUUGCGGUGGAAGAUGUAAAAACGCCUACUGUACAUUCGCAAGGAGUAACCAAGACGCUAACACUUUCCAAUCACUACGGUCUUUCCCCCUCCAUUACACCACGUGAAAAGUUCUCAAGAAUACGGGAACCUAUGGCUAUAGGUGGACCUAAGCAAGUUUCGAGGCGUGGACCUUCAGUAGCGACGAGAGGUGAUUAUGAAAAUCGCCAUCGCAACAGAAAAUUCGUGUCAGCGUCAUCCUCUGACGACGAAAUAUCGGUGCGGAAAUACGGUAUUAGGCGUAACAAGGUUCAAUGGGACGACGACGAGUUUGAGCGACAGCUGAGGGAGGAACGCCUUCUUUUUAUGGAGGGGGCCAGAGAUCUUCGAAAGAUGCAAAAGAAUUUGCUGUUACUGGAACAACGUAUUGCUGAGAGGGAAGCAGCUUGGUUGAGGAACAAAAAAAUGAUGAGGAGGAUGCAUUCACACGGUCAUGUUGAUGUAGAGCAAAGAGAGAAAAAACAGCAAGAAAGGCAUUACUCCAAAAAAGGCCAUCAAAAAUGCUACAAGCAAGUGCCUCAUCGACGUGCUGACGAACAAAGACGAUACCUGGAGGAAAGGGAGUUAGAAAGGAGACGUCUCGAAGAGUGGGCUCGAGAGAACGAGCAAAUCUCUUCUGGAUCUGAAGAUCUCAAUGAUGAGAGCUGGUGUGAACCAGGUUUGUGGGUUGUUGAGUUCGCGUUUAUACACAUAUGCUCUUCGGUUCCAGUUCGGAAAAGGAAAAAGCAGUCAACCCGAAAAGUACGUGUGGAAAGUUGCUCUUCUUCUGAACUUUCCUCUCUUGACGAUGAACAGAGUGACGAGGAAGGUAAUGUUGGGUCGACGAGAAAACAAGAAGGACCUUCUGAAUCAGUUGUCAAAAAAGAAAAAGGCUGGAGCAAAGCGGAAUUGCACAGAUUGAAGCUGGCUCUUGCUGCGAUUCGAGUAGUUACCGAUGAAGACUGGGAAAAAGUAGCGCGUUCUUUGGGAAAUAUGCGUAGUAUGGAAUCAUGUAAACAGGCGGCCAUCAAGCGUCUGAAGUGGGAACCACCUGUUGACAACGAAGAACCACCUCCGAUUACCUCAGAAACAGUAACUGCACGGGCAGGAACGAUUGCACAUCAGCAUCAGACGAAUGAGUACACCAGAAAAUUCAUGUUGGGAGGUGGGGAGCAAAGCGAGGAUUUUUUCAUACAGAAUAACGUCAACCUCAGUGAGAGCAUUGUUGAUGUGGCAGAAUUUGGUGCCGACGAUUCAUUACUGGAGGUUCUACGCACGCCCGUAGAUGUCGUGGCUCAGAGAAAGGGUCCAAACCGUCGUAAUUUUAUCGUGGAGCCAUUAGAUGACGAUACUCCGGUCAGAAGAGAAAGCGGCGCCGUUCUCAUGGCUACACCAACAAACUCUGCUCAACGAGAACGUCAAGACCGCUACCUCUAUCAUAUCAUGAAUAAAGCCGGCCAUCGUAAUGAUGUUUCUCGACUCAACUACACACGGAAUACUUCUCGUCUCGAUACGUUUCGACAUGAACUGACCUCAAAAGAUUCGGAAUCGGCUGCUCUGAUACUGUGA